UGCGGGCGGCCAAGCCUCGCCCCCCUCCCGCUUCGCCUCCUCGCUUGCUCCUCGCUCUCUUGCUCUCUUGCUUCUUCUUUCUUUCCGGCUUUGCAUGUCAGGCUUCCUGUGCUGGUCGCCGCACUCCAGCUCGCCCUCGCCAUGGACAGGCUCCCCGACAAGGGCUGAGGCGGAGGGACCGUUGCGCCGGGGAGGGACCCGCCAGGCGCUCUGCUCCGGGGCCCGCCUCGCUCUCGGGCGGCCGUCCCUCCGGCGAAGCGGCGCGGGCGCGCUCCUGUGCCCCGCCUCGGGCGGCCGCGGCGCUCGCCUGGCCCCGGGGCGCUCGCCCAGCUGAGCCAUGGCCAGCGACUGCGCCGCCAGGAGCCUGGACAGCAUCGACCUGGCCGCCCUUCGGGAUCCAGCUGGAAUAUUUGAACUAGUACAAGUUGUUGGAAAUGGAACAUAUGGGCAAGUCUACAAGGGUCGCCAUGUGAAGACUGGGCAGCUAGCUGCAAUCAAGGUGUUGAACGUGACUGAGGAUGAGGAAGAGGAGAUCAAGCUGGAAAUCAACAUGCUAAAGAAAUAUUCCCAUCAUCGAAAUAUUGCAACGUAUUAUGGUGCGUUUGUAAAGAAAAGUCCUGCAGGUCAGGACGACCAGCUGUGGUUAGUAAUGGAAUAUUGUGGAGCUGGGUCUGUAACAGAUUUGGUGAAGAAAACAAAAGGAAACUGUUUCAAGGAAGACUGGAUCGCAUAUAUAUGCAGAGAAGUUCUCAGGGGUUUAUCACAUUUACAUGCUCAUCAUGUUAUCCACCGAGAUAUCAAAGGACAAAAUGUGCUCCUAACAGAAAAUGCUGAAGUCAAACUAGUGGAUUUUGGAGUGAGUGCUCAGCUGGACAGGACCAUUGGCAGGAGAAAUACGUUCAUUGGAACGCCCUACUGGAUGGCACCCGAAGUCAUUGCUUGCGAUGAGAACCCAGAAUCAACAUACGACUACAGAAGUGAUUUGUGGUCGCUGGGAAUCACAGCAAUAGAGAUGGCCGAGGGAGCUCCCCCCUUAUGUGACAUGCAUCCCAUGAGGGCUCUGUUUCUCAUCCCACGGAACCCUCCCCCAAAACUGAAAUCUAGAAAAUGGUCAAAGAAGUUCCUUAAUUUUGUUGACAGCUGCUUGGUGAAGAACUACAUGCAUCGCCCACCCACGGAAACCCUGCUCAAGCAUUCCUUCAUCAGAGACAUGCAGAAUGAACGGCAAGUGCGCAUCUUGCUGAAGGACCAUCUAGACAGAACCAGGAAGAAGAAGGGAGAGAAGGAUGAAACAGAAUAUGAAUACAGUGGAAGUGAGGAAGAAGGUGAUGAGCUAAAUGAAGAUGAAGGAGAACCAAGCUCCAUUGUUAAUCUCCCUGGUGAAUCCACCCUCCGUCAUGAAUUCCUGAGGCUUCAGCAGGACAGCAAAAGUCGUUCUGAUUCUCAGCGCCAGCAGCAUCCGCAGCUGAAAGACCAGGAAAAGUACAAAAAGCAUCUUUCGGAAGAGAGGCAGAAACGGAUUGCAGAACAAAAACUGCAGAGGAAGAAGUUGGAGGAUCACCAGAAGAGAGAGGAGCUUCAGAAGCAUCUGGAUUUUGAAAGAUGUCCAGAGAUGAAGGCAGCUCAAAACAAAGCCGAGAGGGAUAAAGAUGGCAGAAAAAAUAACGAAGAAGGGCGGUGCAAGGUAGAUGGAAUUCAGAAAUUGGAAAACCAGCAGAAAAAGGUUGAAGAAACACAUCAAAUGAAGAAGCUUCAUCGGACCCUCCCCAAGGACCAGACGCAGCUGCUUUCUCUCCAACAUGAUCACAAGCAGAAGAGUCAAGAGCCUCUCAAGAUUGGCAGCCCCCUGGCCUGUCGUCCAUCAAACUGUACAAGGAAAGAGAUGGAGAGCAAGCACAAGAAGAGUGACAACGUCCAAACUGAUCUCAGCUGGGCAGCUGUUCUCGGGCAUGACGUCGCCUCUCAUGGCCGACUGGGUUCUGGCAGUAGCUCCAGUCCAUGCACGCCGGCUUUGCAAAGAGCAGUGAUGGCUCAGAAUGACAACCUACGGACCAGUCGAGAUUUGUAUCAUAGCAGUUCCUUGUCCGAUGUGGCUGUAACCCCACUAAGCUCUGGCCAGGACGAGGUCUUCUGGAACAUAUGUCAGCCUGAAGAGCAACCUCCCAAGGUUCCACAAAGGACAACCUCAAAAUUUUAUGCCAGGGAUCAUCAUGGCCAUCAGAGUUACCCGUCAAGCUCACAACAGACCCCCCUGGGGGGACACGUGGUGAAAACCAACAGCAGCUGCAACAGGCAAAAGGAGCUGGCCUCUCAUCCAAAGAGCCGAUUGACUUCAGGCUCAUCUGGCCACCAGCAGUCCUCAAAGAAAUCCGAAAAUAAGUCUCAUCCAUGCCGAAUUUCAAGUCCACCGUUCUUGCUCAAGGGGAAAGAUGGCAGCAGUCUGCUCCGAAAAUCAGCAGAGUAUUCAUCCUCCAGUGACGAAGUGUGCAGCAGUGAGGAUGAAAAUGAGGACAGCAAAUACAGGAAUCACAUAAGGCAACCACUCAGCAAUGGACUGACGGGUUUCUCGAGAGAAAAAGUUCCAGGUGGAAUCGAACUCAAACCUCACAGUGCCGCAGUGGAUCACAAGGAUUACAUUGCAGGAAAACUCAGCUGUGGCCCUCCUGAAGGCCUCUGGAGCAUGAGCAACCAAAACUACCUUCUCCCAGACCUCUUGCAGCAAAGCCACAUUUCAGACUGUCCAACCCACCAGCUAAAGACUCCAGGGAACAGUCAAGAACCUCAGAGCAAGCCUGUUCCCAGCAAGACACCAAGCACUGACAGUACCCCCUCAAAGGGCAGCUCCUCCUCGACGUCUUCAUUUACUUCAUUCAUUGAUCCCAGGCUUCUACAAAUUCCCCCUCCUUCCAGUCCGACUGGACCAAACUGUGGUUCCCCAUCCAAUGUGAAAGCAGAGCCCACCAGUAGACAAAAUGCCAGGAAAGGUUCUGUCGUCAACGUGAACCCCACCAACAUCCGACCACAGAGCGAUAGCCCAGAAAUCCGCAAAUACAAAAAGAAGUUCAAUUCCGAGAUCUUGUGUGCUGCAUUAUGGGGGGUGAAUUUGCUUGUGGGGACGGAGAAUGGACUGUGGCUUCUAGACAGAAGUGGACAAGGACGAGUGUACUCGCUCAUAACCCGGAGGCGCUUCCAGCAGAUGGACGUACUUGAAGGACUCAACGUACUAAUCACCAUCUCAGGUAAAAAGAAUAAGCUACGGGUCUACUACUUAUCCUGGCUACGAAACAAGAUCUUGAGGAAUGAUCCCGACGUGGAGAAGCGGCAGGGAUGGGUGUCAGUGGGAGAUCUUGAAGGCUGCAUUCACUAUAAAGUGGUGAAAUACGAGAGGAUCAAAUUCCUUGUGAUUGCUGUGAAAAAUUCAGUUGAGGUCUAUGCCUGGGCUCCUAAACCAUAUCACAAAUUUAUGGCUUUUAAGUCCUUCACCUCACUGCAUGAAAAACCACUGUUGGUUGACCUGACUGUUGAGAAUGGGCAGAGGUUAAAAGUCAUCUAUGGCUCUCUGGUUGGAUUUCACGUGAUUGAUGUGGAUUCUGGAUCCGUGUAUGAUUUGUACCUGCCAACACAUAUGCAGGGAAAUAUUCACCCACACGCCAUUAUCAUACUUCCCAAUACCAGUGGAACGGAGCUUCUACUUACCUAUGAAGAUGAAGGCGUCUACAUUGACAUUUAUGGACACUUCUCAAAGGAAAAUGUUUUACAGUGGGGAGAAAUGCCAGCAUCUGUAGCUUAUCUACAAUCCAAUCAAGUUAUGGGCUGGGGAGAGAAAGCUAUUGAACUGCGCGCCGUGGAGACAGGAGAGCUGAAAGGCGUGUUUAUGCACAAGAAAGCACAGAAGCUGAAAUUUCUUUGUGAACGGAAUGAUAAGGUAUUUUUUGCAUCUGUUCAGUCUGGAGGCAGCAGUCAAAUUUACUUCAUGACACUCGGACAGAACAUACUAUUCAAUUGGUAGAACACAUCAGAAUGAAAGAUCGGCUGCUUUUCCCCACUGGAUAUGAGCUAUGUCAAAUCCAAGCUGGUUACGGAUGUUUUCCCAUUUUCCUACAAGAGGAGCAAAACACGGUCAUCAUUAUUCCCUCCUUCAGUUGCAGAAGAGUUCCAUUUUCCCUUCUAGCCAUUGCAAUGAUAUUGCUGUUAAAAAUCAGUCAUUCAAUAACCGAGAGAAUGGUUUUCAGAAGUUACGGGCAGAUAUGCGAUUGACCAAAGUACAGAGAGGCAUGACUGCUGUCACAACUCUGCAAGCUCUCAAGGCAGAGUAUGCACAGAUACAGUUCCUGCACAAACAUUGUGAUGUUAUUUCGUUAAAUGUUCAUGUUUUCAUUCUGGACAACAGUUUAUGUACACGGAGGCAUAUUCAAUGUGUGUGUGUCUUGGCACAAGCUGGAAAUCCACUUGAGGCUAAAUUAGUGUUGUAUUGUUUCUUGAAAAAUCCUGCUUACUCAAGUGUAUUAAUCUUCAUCUCAGAACUAACAAGCAACAGUGUUCACGUUUUAGUUUUUUCCAAAUAGGGAAAAGGCUGGAGAAUGUCUUCCCGGACUCUUCCCUCAACCACCUAGGGGUGGAUGCGCCCAUUCCAUUUUUAUCAUGCUUUAAAACUUUGUAUGGGUAGGAACAGUAUUCAUCUAUUUAGGCUAUCCCUGUGAAAUGUAUAUUUUAAGGGUCUAGACAGAUAAGUUUCAGUUCCGACCUCAAAAACGUCCUCCAUGGUCAGAGCUGAGGCUCCAAACUCGCCUGUCAGCUGCGGUGGAGGGAACUACACCAGCUGCAGUUCCAACGUUGCAAGGACAACCUCAGAGGUGAGCUGGGAAGGGAUGGGAUGGGAUGGCGCAGGCCCAUGGCGUUUGCAGGAUGCCAGUGGCACUUCAGCCUCCUUUCCUCAGGGUGCAAGGCCACACACCUUGGAGUCCAAAAGUGGCCAUCGACGUGUUUUGCACAUCAGGAGAAACAAGGGGUGGCCUCUACCUCUGUGUUUCUCCUGUCAUGCUUCGGAUGCCCAUAAUCUUCCAAGUUGAGAUGGAGAGAGGCUGGGAUAUUUUACUAGCAUGGACGUAGGAGUGUUUUGUAGCUGGAUCCUACAAACUGUACUUGCUCAAAUGGUCUUUCGCAUGCAGCUGGGCUGACUUACGUAUACAAGCUGGGGAGUUCUGGUCUUCUUGGGAUUCUUUUUGGGGUGAUGGGGGAUGACUCUUACACUUCCUGAUGGCAACAAAAACAUCUAUUUAUGUCUAGAUUUGUAAAUAUCUUAUAUCGCAUUUCAGUAAUGUAUUUUUAAGAUAGCCAUAGGCACAACCCAAGGUUAUAGGGAAAGCCAUUCAUUGGGAAGUUCCCAUUGGAAUGGGGCAAUCACUCCAGUGGGACAGGAAAGGCUGUCAGUGUACCAAACAAAGCAGCCCUUGAUAGAAUUAAGUCCUGCUAGCCAUUUCAUAUGACUUUAUCUCUGAGUAAUCAAGAGACCAUCUAGUGACACACACUGGUGUUUUUUCCGCCAAGAAAUUAUAUUCUCAGGGGCUACUUUAGAGCUGAGCUUUCGGGUUUACAUGCACAAUCUUGACUUAGCUAACAUUUGUACAAUGCUUUUCGAAAAUGUAAAGCACUAUAAAAAUACUGCAUAGUAUGACUAUAUAGUAGCUGAGAACUUGAUGCAAAAAAGAAAUUUUUAUCCAAGAAAGAUAUGCAAUAAUCUAUACUUGGGGGGGCGGGAAUAAAGGGCGGGUGGGCAGAGAUAUAAAGUACAGUAUUUAAAAAUAUAUAGUAUUAACUUUUAACAUGAGCUGUAUAGAGCACAAGUCAAAAGGGCAUAGGGAGUUGGCUCAUUCUGCCAAAACAGAUGUUUCUCAGAUAACACCGUAGCUUAGUGACUGUUGUUACCCAUGCAAAAAUUCUGGGGUUUACUCUCCAGUUAAAGUGUCUUGGAGAGUAGGGCUGGAAAGGACUCUUCUUUGUCUGUUAUCAGAGAGCCACUGGUGUCCAGAGCGGACUGUAUAGUGAGAGAUGGACAAAAAUGGACUGCCGGGUGAAGCCCCCUUCAUAGGCCGCUGUGUGUUUUGGAAAAGAAAGGCUUCAGAUCUGGUGUGGUGCCCUUCCUGAGCAAGGGAGUGUAGCUGCACUUCCUCCACAUUCUUUUUUUCAUGCAGAAGUUGUUCCUAAGUAAAAUUGUGACUCCUGGUGGGGAUCCAAGAAAGUUUCUGUAAGAACUCCAGGAUAUCAUGGACACUUGGAGACAGUCUGCAGAUGCAGCUGCAUAUCAUCACUUGGCUGUAUUUUAUGUUCCUCCUAAUGGGCUUCCGGCGACUGCUGGUGGCGUAGAUGAGCUGGGGUCCCGCCUCAUAUGGUCUCCAAGCAUCCUUUGUAGAACAUAUUGCCGAUACCCAGAAAGUGAAUGUGUUGCGUGGGAUGGGUGGGGGUGAUAAAACUACAGAAGGUGGCAAAACUUUGGUGAAAAUACUUAGGGAUCACUCAGUGUUGCUGCAAAGCAUGAAUAGGUGCAAAACUAAGCUCUCUGCCCUUGGCCCAGAUGGAGGCUAGACAACAAUUUGGUAAGAUAGCAAAAUGCUAGUAUUCUGAAGAAACUGGGAGGUUUUUGUACUCCAUGCCCUCUUCAAGAUCCAAAAUAGCAAGAUCCUUCCCUAAGUAACAGUUGCCCCAAUUCCAUAUAGGAGCUAUUAGGCAAACACAUAGAAGGAAGUAGCUGUAGCCACCUUCUUAAUGUUACCAGAAACUUCUUAGCUCAAGGUCAUAAAAAUAAGUUCUUCUAUUUGGCAACUGAACUUUCAGACAGCUGCACGGUUGUGGAGAAUCCUUGUUCUGUCCUACACACAAGUCAAAAUUGCAUGGGCAUGGAAUCUGAAACCCAGCAGAAUUUCCCCAGAAGAUGACAACAUUUGAGGAACUUUGCCAGAGUAAUUGAGGGGAAACCCUGAGCAGUUCCUGUUUAUAGCAUUUUGCUUAGUGGGGGGUCAAUAAUGUACUACACGAAUCCUCAUUUGUCUCAAAAUGUUUGAACUUGGUGCUCAAUUUCCAGCUUCAGUAUUUUUGGGAAUUGCCCUAGGCUUGGGAACUUUGACAGAGAGAUGAUCAAACAUAAAAAGCUUAAUUACCCAGACAGAGAAAUAUAUUUUUAACUGAACUCUCUUGCCAUUGCAGUAGCUUGGUUGAAAAGCAAAAUGUUGUUCCGUAAAGAGCACAGGAAUCAACAGGGACUUCAUUUCAACCCUGAAAUCUUGGUGCCAUGAUGUGGGUUUCACAGCUUUUGCAAGUGAUCUUGGGAUUCUACCAUCAACACAUCAAAUGCAUCUUUCUAAAAAGUACUUCAGUAACUAAAUUAUCACUGAAGGGUUGAUCAUGUAUCAGCAAUAAUUUGAAUAUAUAAUGUUUCUUUUUUUAAAGUGUUAAAAUGGAAAAGGCAUUUUAAUUGAUUUAACAACAUCAUUUGUAAUUGCUAUAAGCAUUCCAUAGACAUCAAGUAUACAUAAUUAGAGAACUCACUCCUUCAGUUUCAGUGACAGGGUUGAGUUGUUAUAGAUCAAUCAAACCAACCAAACAGUUGCAUUGCUAUCUCUUUUGAUCAAAGGUUAUCUGUGAGCCAUCCUGCACUCUUCUAUCAUUUCUGAAAAAAGGCACUGUAGUACAAAACAAUAAGAUCUUUGCUAAAUUAGGCCAAAGAUCUAGCUUAGCUAUUCCUGAUCUGGUGCUCUCCAUGGCUGGCCGGAGAAUACCAGAAACUGAAGGACUUUGCACAGGCUUCAGACCCUUAGUGCCUUAUUUAUCACAAUGGAAUGAAAACCCAAAAAGUUAAAAAAGGGAAUGUAACCCAAUUUCAGGAAAGAGAGGGAGGUGACCUGCCAAUAUCUCAGAGGUCCAUCAAAUGCUAUUCUCCAUGGCUGGAUUCUGUAAACAUUGAGGCACUAGUCCCCUGGUGCCUUCUGAAUGCUUUGGACUUCAGCUCAGCCAACAUUGCCAAUGGCUGGGAGCUCUACAAGUUGUAGCCCAAAAUACCUGAAAGGCACCCACUAGCAAGCUUUCUCAUCUGCCAUCAUGUCCACAAAGGUGGGCAUCAACAGCCCUCCAAAUGCAGAGGGCAUUCCAUAAUCCCUUUUCCCUAGAAAUCUUCUACAAUAACCCCAUUUGUAUGAUGACCCAAUCAAGGCUUUGUGAAAUAUUCUGUCUGGAAGUAAUUUCAGUUCCUCACCCCUUUUAACAGCCAGUUCCCCUAAACAAUGAUGGGGAAGUAAAUAUUGCAUGAAAAAUGAGCCAUUUCCUUUGCAUUUCUUCACUGUUUUAAAAUGAUGAAAAACACGUUCUCAGAUGUCAACACUGAGAGUCUGUGUGGGCACAGACGCCCUCCAUGGCAAAGGUAUUUUGGUAUUCCUGAUACCUUCAGGGCAGAGGUGAAAAUGCAUUAGCAGUGAGUUAUGCGUGACCAAAGAGUGGCCAGAGAACCUUUUGGUCUCCAUCACUGCCCAUGCAUGACUUCCUGGUUGCAUUCUCACUUGGGAAAGUCAGGGAGUGUUGGAAUGCGAGUGGUAGGAAUACGUAGGGACAGGUAAGCAGGGCUCGCUUAGCACCGCUUCUCCUGCUUGUCCACCUGCUUCUGGGCCAACUGGGAGGCAGAGAUGCCAUUGCCUGCUUGUUCAUUGGCUCCCUGCCUGCCAAUCGAGCAAGGGGUGGGCAUGAUUUGAAAGAACGGUUGGUGGCAGUGGCAAGAAGGGAUGGUCACCAUUGGUGACCCAUGUUGCAUCAAGUUCCAGGUGCAACUCAUGAUAAACGACACCUUUGGUAUGUUUGCCAGGAAACAACAUGAGCCGAAAGUAACAUAUACGGACACUCAGAGCUGUUUUUCUCUGACAGCUGCUUUUGCAGGGCACCCUGAAUUAUGUCAAGACUCUUUACCUUCUUUACGUUGUACUUUGGUAUAUACCAAAUAGGGCAAUAAGACAGGAAUUCCGAUCCAUGUGGAAAUGGAAAAGAGGGGCAGCCAGUAAUCACUAUUCUGGAUGAACUUGGCACAGAAUAGAAGGAGGCUCUUGUCUGAGUGCACCUGCAGAGACCACAAACAGCUGUGCCAAAUUGAGGAAGGUUAUGGCUGCGAGGCCAAGCAUGCUUACCUGGAAGUAAAGCAGACUGGCCACUGUAAGAUCAGCUUUGAGAAAAUAUGCAUGGAAUUGCACUGUGAAUAUUAUUAUUCUGCCUGAAAUACACAUGGAAGCUUGAUAAUAAGUGAUCCAGUUCUAUCUAGUAUUCCUAAGCAUAGUAGAUCAAAUCCUCAAAUAAGUUUUGUUGUCAUAAACACUAACUGAAUUAGAUGGUAGAAAAUACAUGUUGGGGAAAAGUCGGUAGAGAGGAAAGGUUAAGAGAAACAGUCAAAAAGGAGAUGAAAGGUCACAGAAGAGAAGAUAGAAAAACAAGUUGUUGGUGUAGGUGAAAGAGAGGAAACAGAAUGGUGAGAUCAGAGAUAUCGCUGGGUUUGGAAAGCACUUCAAAUUUUUAUGGGAACUGUGAAUGCAGGUAACAGUUAGGAAUUUCAAGCAAUCAUUCAGAUUGCAACAGCGAUUACAUGGGAGAAUGUUCAGAGACUGAAAAGUUCUAACAAUCAUAGUUGAUCAUGCUUAAAUCAAUUGCUGGUGUUUAGGAAGUUAUCUCAGUUUAGUCUGCCCUAGUAUUUUGAUUUUUAAGAAGAGAAAUGGAUUUCUCUCUAGUAAUAUAGUGGCUGUGUCUGUCAGUCAGUAACAUAGUGCCAAGGCUAGAGCUCUAAACGGAUUGGCAUGCACUUUGGGUUUAGUUGGUUUUUAAAAUGCAUUCAGUGCUUGCAAUUCUUCCCAGAGAAUCCAUGUUUGAAGCCUGCAGGACCAUCUUUAGUCACUAGGGGGCAGAUUUCCCUCUCCAACACACCAUCUUGCAGUCCAUAGAAUGUGGGGUCAGAGGAGAUUAGUGGGUUAAGGGGGGGGGGGUUAUAAGCCUGCCUCCUUCCCCCUGCUGUGGGGGAGCCCCCGCAAGGGAACAGAGUCCACAGAUGCUUCCUCAGGGGGCUAUAAGAAUGCACCAUGGAAGGGCCCAUCCCUCGGAGUGCCAGCCGGGUUGGCUUUACUCAGGUGGAAAGGGCAGAAUGUGUCCAGCUCUGAUGGCAGCGCACACUUUCUUCAGAGCUUCUCUUGAUCAACCUCAGGGCCAUGCCAACACAUGCAAAGCAGAGUCCGUUCACUAGUUCUGAAGAAAACGGGCUGGGGAGAGAAUCAAAUCAUCAAUAGGAACCCUACGCCCUGAAGCCAUCAUUCCUGACAAUUGCCACCAGCUUUCUGUUCCAGGAGUGCUUCGUAUUUCCAGUUUACAAUGGAAAUGAAGGCAGUAAAUUAUGUCCUUACAAUUAUUUUGCAAGACGUGGUGCUUUAGCCCGAACUUGUGAAUUAUAAAGUGGGAACAACAGUUGCUGCGCACUGUGUUUCAUGAGAUGUUUAUUGUACUGUAAUGGUUCUUUAAUGUCCAAAUUGUAUAUUUGAAGCAGCAAAAAUAAAGCAUUAUUCUGGAAAAAAUGAA